UUGUCUUGUCUGUGGUUGUUGUACUUGUUGUUGUAGUAUAAUUUUUCAUCGUGCUCUGUGAUCUCGAUUUUGUUUUGAAAAUUAUGAGGUUGCUUUACAAUUUUACGUAUAUAUGAGUAUUGGCGUAAAGCCUACUUGCGGCUAUGUAUAGUAGCAAUGAGUGCUGUGUUGCCGAGAUGUAGAGUGAGCCCGGAACAAUUGGAUAUUCUGUUGACCUUUAUGGAAGAGCAUCCCGACUUCGCAGCGGGCAAGCACUCGGUGUACUCCAGGUUCAGCUCGAGCAAGCUGUGGCGGUUGCUGGCGGAGCGGCUCAACGCUGCGGCUGCGGACUCCGGCGGAGCGCGAAAGUCGCCAGACAGGUGGUGCCGUUACUGGGCAGAUAUUAAAUACAAAGCUCGAAAGAAGUCUGCUGCUGGCGGAGCACUUGGAGAAUUGUCUAGUGCAGAGGAGCGGCUGCAACAUAUACUCAAUAGCUCCGGCAACAAAGAUUGUGGUGGCGGUGGACGCGGUGCUAACUCAGACGACGACCGAAAACCGAAUUUAGACGAGGACAUGUGUUCAGAAGGAUCUGCAGCGGGAAUGACGUCUGACGGUCCCCGUAUCGGUACCGAAGAACUCCUAGCGGAAGCUGCCAUGAGAAGUGCUUUAGCAGCAGAGAAACAGGCCGAGGCCAUGGCUCAAGCGGUAGACUUGCUGCGAGACCUGGUGUCCAUCCUGCGCGAGCGCCCGCCCGCCCACAUGGCCCAGCCCGCGCCGCCGCCGCCCUUGCAGCACCAUCAUCAUCGUCUUUGAUGUCUGCUAAUCUGCAUUAAGUAUUUUGAAGACAGAAAACGUUGUAGUUGGUUAUGUAGGCGAGACGUCCUUUUUCAUUAUUGCCUUAUAGAUACCUAGGACAUAAGUAAAUCAAUUUGUUUGAAGUCCCAAACUGAUAUACAUAAAGUUAAUAUACCUACAUAUACUUUGCGCACAUACCCUCUGUGCUGCUUAUAGCUGACUUACUCUGAUUCGAUAGUUAGGUCGUUGUAAUGUUAUUAUUCUAAGUUCAUAUCGUUGUCAGACCACAUUACAUACUACUGUAGAAAUAGAUACCCUACAUAAAUAAUUAAUUUGCGACAAUAUUAGUUUUGUAUCCAGGCUUAUUUAUAGUGAAAAAAUAUUACCUAGUUAUGAAAUGAAAAUUUAGAUUUCGAUAGAAGACUAUGUAUCUAUCAUUACUUUUAAAUAAACAAAAAAAUACCA